AUGGCAACCACAAUCUCCGCCCCGUUAGCUGGCAAAGUCGCCAUCGUCACAGGCGGCAGCCGUGGCAUAGGAGCCAGCAUCGCCAGGAAACUCGCAGAGCAAGGCUGCACGCACAUCAGCAUCACCUACACCUCCAAGCCCGAAGGCGCCGAAGGAACCAUCAACGAAAUCCACAAGAUCAACUCUUCAAUCAAAACAACCGCCAUCAAAGCCGACCUCCUAGACUCAGACUUCUCCGCCAAAGUCAUCAACUCCACUCUCAAGGACCUACAAGUCAACCACAUCGACAUCCUCAUCAUCAACGCCGCAGUGAUGGGCUCCGGCGAGACCAAACCCGACUUCGACAACUUCAUCCACGGAAACGCCUGGGUCCCGCUCGAACUCUCCGAGGCCGCGGUCCCAUACAUGCCACAAGGCGGGCGCAUCGUCAUGAUCUCCUCCGCCAGCUCCAAGACCGCCAUGGGGAAGUCCAUCCUCCAGUACGCCGCGAGCAAAGCGGCCAUGGACGCGAUUUCGAGGAAUCUGGCCGUGGUCUAUGGUCCUUCCAAGGGCAUCACGGUCAACACCAUCUCCGUCGGCGUGACCAAGACAGACGCCAUGUUUGCGAAUUCUCAGCAGAGUAUGGAGGGGAUGGAUCGGGAGGGGUUUCUGCAGUUUGCGUCUGCUUUGAGCACGUUGCACCGGAUUGGCGAGGCGGAGGAAGUUGCUGAUAUUGUCGUUUUCGUUGCUAGUCCGGCCUCCCAGUGGAUCAAUGGUAAUCAAAUCCCCGCGAAUGGAGGUGUUCUGUCUAUGGCUCAAAGCUAG